UCUUAGCUGCUGUGCAUAGAUAAAACCCAUUCCAGCAGCAAAAAUAAAUACAUUCAAAUUCUACGCUAUAAUCAUGGCCUUGAAAACUAGGGACGCUUAGAAUGCAUCAUUCAAAAAGUUAUGCAGAAGAUUUGAGAUGUACCCUGACUUCUUGGUAAAGUUUCUUCUCCCGGGCAUAUAAUCUGUCAAAUGUUGAUUGGUAACUACAUGAGAACAUGCAAGAAAUCAAAUUGGUGUUGCAAGAAAAAACCUUUUUUUUUAAUCAAAACAAUGAUGGUAACUAUCUAUGCAAUGCCUGUUGUGUUCGAAGACAGUACAGGACAAGACCUACCUCUUUUCUACCACCCUACCACCUCCCUCUUUCCAACCUCAACUUCCAAACCCAAAAAGAACAUCAUCAAACCCUAACUGAAAAGCUUUUAUCUCUGAUAAAACAAUGCAAAUCGAAAAACCUAUGAAUUUUGUGUUGAAUUGUAUUACAAGCUGAAGUCUUUAGGCCUAAAAGCAAAUAAUUUCACAUACCCUUUUUUGUUUAUAGCGUGAGGGAAUGUUUGGGGUUUGGUUCAUGGAAAGAUUGGUCAUUUUCUGGUGUUUAAGGCUGGUUUGGAUGGUGAUGAGCAUGUGAAUCAUUCUUUGACUACAAUUGACGCAAGGUGUGGUGAAAUGGGGUUUGCACAGAAGGUGUUUGAUGAAAUGGGUGACAGAGACUUGGUGUCGUGGAAUUCGAUGAUUUCGGGGUAUUCUAAGAUGGGUUUUGCUAAAGAGGCAAUUUGGUUGUUUAUGGAAAUGAGGGAGGAGGGGUUUGAGCCAGAUGAGAUGACGUUGGUGAAUGUUCUUGGGGCGUGUGGGGAUUUGGGUUUGGGGAGAUGGGUGGAGGGGCUUGUUUUGGAGAAGAAGAUGGAGGUAAAUUCGUAUGUGGGGUCUGCCUUGAUUGACAUGUAUGGUAAGUGUGGGGAUUUGAUAUCUGCGAGGAGGGUCUUUGAUUCAAUGCCAAACAAGGAUGUUGUCACUUGGAAUGCCAUUAUCACAUGGACUUCUGAACGAAGCUUGGGACUUGAUCAAGAAGAUGCCUGGAAAACAAGAUGAAAUUGUGUUGGGGUCAUUGCUUGGUGCCUGUCAGAGGUGUAGAAAUGCAGAUGUUGGUGAAAGGGUCAUUCAAUUGUUUCUAGAGAUGCAAUUAUCUCAUCUAAGAUAUAUGCAAAUAUGAGAAGGUGGGAUGAUUCUGCAAAGAUGCGGCAGUGUGGUGCUCAUGAAUUUCAUGCUGGUGGCAGCUUACAUCAUCAUUCGGAGAACAUAUACCAAUUGCUGAAUGAGGAGAUGAAGAGAGAAGGUUACAUUCCAAAUAUCGGUUGCAUAUAGAGGUGGAAAAGUUGAAAACUUGGUGGCCUUUUUCAGUCAUUGACAGUGCAUUCGGAGGGAUUAUAUCUUCUGGUUGAUAACUACAGCCAAAAUGUUGAAUGGUAAGUUGUGUUCUUAAGAGCUUGA